AUCCAAUUACGAAUGUCUUGGUUCUGGCAUAAUGAUACGCUAUGACCUUGUUCAAAGCACGCCUCAGCCUCUUUGCAAGUUUUCUGAUAUUUAUUCAAUACUGAGUUGAAAUUGUUGUAAGGGGGCUGGGGGGAUUUGCACUUAUACGAGCAUAUUGUGCAGGAUAUCCUUUGCCCUUCUGGUUUCAACCUUAAUUUACGUCCUUGCGCCAGAAGUUUGUCAAUCUCUGGAGGUGAUGUGUGGCUGAGAUGCGCCUGAAUGGUGCACCAGUCGGACAGCAUGCAGUGCCGCAGGGUGCGCUCGAUGCUGCAGCUGUUCCUGCUUGCCACGCUGGUGUUCACUGUUGUGUACCUGCUCAACAGCAGCCAGCCCAGCAUCCACACCCUCGUCUCCGAGACACACAGACAGCUCAACAGCCUCAAACACAUCAACCUCAAGGAGUCGUUACAUUACGCCGAGGAGCGGCUGAAGGUGGACAGCAAGUACCUGACGGCGCUGGGCUUCACCAGCUCGCCACGCGUCUUCCCGAACCACACCUGGACCAACGUGACGCUGCCCGUCAUCGUAACGGCCGCGGCCUCCGGUCAGGGUGAGCAGGUGACGGGCCUGGUGCUGUCGGCACGCCGCCACCAGUCACAGCUGCCGGUGGUCGUGUUCGACCUCGGUCUGGGCCGCUACGAGCGGCAGCAGCUGGAGGCCAGCUGUAACAGCUCCAUGUGCUGGCUGCAGCAGCUCGAGUACGCCUCCUACCCGGCCCACCUGGACGAGCUGCGCACGCGCGCCUUCGUGCCCGUCGUUAUACAGGAGGUGCUGAACAAGGCCGGCGCCGUGCUCUGGCUGGACGCCAGCCGCCGGCUGGUGCCGCACAGCAGCGCGCGCCUGCUGAAAAAGGCGCGUCAGCUGGGCGUGCUGGCCUGGCGGCUGGACCUGCAGCUGGACGAGCAGCUGGCGGCCGUGCCCACCACCGCCUUCACACACUACAAAAUGUUCGAUUACUUCGACGCCAAUAUCGAGCACUUCUACUUCCACAAGAUGGUCUCCGACGAGGCGCUGCUGAUUUACAACACGCCGGCGGUGCACCGGCAGCUGAUGCUGCCCUGGCUGCGCUGCGCCCUGCUGCCCGAGUGUGUGGCGCCCACCGGCGCCCAGGCCGGCGGCUGCCGCUUCAACAAGAAGCCGCACUACAGAUACUCGGGCUGCCACGGCUACGACACGAGCGCCCUGAACGUGGCGCUCGGCCUCAUGUUCCGGCCCGACCGGACGCCCUACAUCGAGACGGAGCGGCUGGAGCGUGCCGAGGAGCCCGACGGAGGGCUGGGCGGCGACAACAGCACGGCGGCGGCGCUCUGAGGGAGAGGGGGAGAGGGAGCGGCGGCGGGAGCUCCGUCUGUGACAUCACUAGUCCGGGGAGAGGGGGGGGUGAACAAAGGCUCACCGUGUGGCGCCCGUCUGAACGCUGUGCGGGGCUCAGAUAUGCAUGCUGUAUGUGUGUGUUCGUGAAUGGAGCGUUAGGCGAUCAGGGCGUGCGGCGGUCCUGCGCCCGCAGCUGUGGACGUUUGUCCGCAGAUGGCAGCACGUUCGCGCUGCCAGGUGGCGGGCCGCGCCGGUGGCAGAUCUGGGCCGGCCGCCCGCAUCGGGCGGUCGUUGCUGCGUCGCCCGUUCGUGAUGGCCCGGUUGUGAUUUGAUUUCGAGUCGUGCUUUGUACGUAUGUGUCGCUGGUAGGGACUGAAUCCACUGCUGGCCGCGGCGGCUGAGUGGUCCCGUUUCUUCUGAUACUCGCAAUGUCGCCCCUUUUCUCAACAUGACGUCCGCGGCUGUAGGCAUUGCUGUACGGACGUGUUUUCUCUGUGUGUAGUAAUCGUGUGAUUCCAGGCGUUCUGCUGUAGCCAAGACCGUCUCUGUGUAUCCAUACUGCCCGCCAAUCGAAUUUUAUUGUACUCUGAGAGGUUUGAGACUCCGUUUUGGUGUGAUGUGGCCGACAAUAGGCCUCGGGUCGAGUCGGUUCACUGACAGGCGACCCUCGGCAGCGCUUUCUGUGCCGGAUGUCUUGCCAAAGGCGUCCGGCCGCUGGUGCAUCUCUGUGCUGUUGGUUCGAUUCAGUUGUCUCAGGUCUGGCCGCAGUGUAGGCGCGCGCCUCCCGUGACGGGUGUGUCGGUCGAUCCUCGUAUACACGUGUGAAUC